UCAUUCCAUUCUUCCUCCCGUUUGUCAGAAUUGUUUCUGGAUCUCUGCAGUGUUGUGCUAACACGUAUGUCUGUGCAGCUCCUCAGCCAGUCACUUGAAUGAUGUCUCGUUAACUGGAGAGCCCAGUACAACAGCUUUGACCUGUUCACUAGCCACCGUUGAUGCCAAUUUAGAAAAGAUGAUGUGCAGCAUAAAGAGAACAACCACGUAUCAGAAUUAGCAGCACUUCUGCAGCAAGCAUCAAGAAGCGAUGACUCUAAAACAAUAAGCCAGCAGAGCAAGUUGUCAGAUGACUUUGGGUUUGCAGUAAUUUAAGUAGGAAAAACAUCUUUAAGGAACAAUGCAUUCAAAAUUGCACUUGUUCUUUGCUGUUCUUGUUCUUACUGUUGCAGUUUCUGUCAUUGUUUAUAUUGUUAAUUUACAUAAGCACAGAUCCCUUAGGAGGUUAGACCUCUCAGAAAGUCCUGUUUUAGCCAGAGCCUGUGAUGCCCUUAUUGACGAGAAGGCAUUUUUUGUACAAAAAAAUACUUUAAUUACAUCAUUUGGGAAAUCUAACUGCAGUGAGUAUUUGAUCCAAAAUCACUAUAUAACGCACCCUCUCUCUGCAGAGGAAGCUGUAUUUCCUUUAGCUUAUAUCAUGACUUUACAUAAAGAAUUUGAGACUUUUGAGAGGCUCUUCAGGGCUAUUUAUAUGCCCCAAAAUGUGUACUGUAUCCAUGUGGACAAGAAGGCACCAGCUCAGUUUAAGCAAGAUGUGGAGAAGUUAGUGAGCUGUUUCCCUAAUGCUUUUCUUGCCUCCCAAAUGGAGCUAGUGGUUUAUGCUGGCGUAUCUCGACUUCAGGCUGAUCUGAACUGCAUGAAAGACCUCCUGGAAUCAAGGGUGCAGUGGAAAUAUGUUCUCAAUGUGUGCGGGCAAGAUUUCCCCUUAAAGACCAACAGAGAAAUAGUUCAGUAUCUGAAAGGAUGUAAAGGGAAAAACAUCACCCCUGGAAGAUUGCCUCCUCCUCACGUUAUCAGAAGGACCAAAUAUGUCUACAGAGAACAAAUAUACAGUGUCUUUUCUUUUAUGCUGUGGACCUUUGUACGGAAAGCACCACCUCCACACAGUCUGACCAUUUACUUUGGCUCUGCUUAUAUCGCUGUCACAAGGGAAUUUACUGAGUUUGUUCUGAAAGACCAACAAGCCAUUGAUUUACUCGCCUGGUCCAAGGACACAUACAGCCCAGAUGAGCAUUUCUGGGUGACACUCAAUAGGAUACCAGGUGUCCCUGGCUCCAUGCCCAAUGCAUCAUGGGAAGGUGACCUGAGAGCUAUAAAGUGGAAAGAUAUGAAAAAGAAACAUGGAGGUUGUCAUGGCCAUUAUGUCAGAGACAUUUGUAUAUACGGAACAGGUGACCUCAAGUGGCUAUAUAACUCGACAUGUUUGUUUGCCAAUAAGUUUGAGCUCAAAACCUAUCCGCUCACUGUUGAAUGCCUGGAAUUGAGACUGCGAGAGAGAGCCCUCUCACAGAGUGAAAUUCAGGUGGACCCAAACUGGUACUUUUAGAUUAAAGCCCAGAAAUGGAAAUAAGUUCAGUUGCUGAAGUUGUGGAAGAAGAACCUCCCUCAAAAGACAUCUGAUGUUCAUCACUGGCAGUUCAAAGAGAAGACUGGACUCCAUAUCUCACAACUCAUCAUCACAGGGCCAGAGACCAAAGGAGAAAGAUUUGAAGUGAAGGCUGGGGUAAAGAGAGUCUUGGGCCUGCUGUAUUUGCACUUUUGCCACUUUUGUGGCUAGCUUGUUUCACGGUGCUGACUUUUGCUUUACUGUGUUACUGUCUUGUUCUAUACCCACAUAGAAUCAUGCGUCUCUAGAGUUUUAUAGACCUAAACAAUAUCCAGAACAUGCUGCUUAAUUCUUACCUUUCUUUGUAAGGUAGAAACAAUCAACAAGAUCUUAAAAAUAAUCCAGAUACAGAAAGUAAAAUAUUUGGCCAAAUCUCCCACAAGCAAAUGGUUGACAUGGUGGAUAGAUGGCACAGUAUUGGAAGUUGGAAAUAAGAGGACCACUUCCAGAUUUCCUCAAACAUUUCUAAAAUAUUCUUGAGAGUCUGGGGAGGAGGAGAUGUUUUCUACUGGAUGGGUGGUAGCUGAACUUAGGAGAUACAUCCACAACUACAUCCUUUUUGAGAUAAUGCUGGUAGUCUCCCCAAGUUUUAUUACUCUGGACUAAUGUACUGCACAGAAAAUCCUCUUUAGCUGUUGGUCACACUAUCUUGCAGAAAUGAGCCACUACAGCAUAACACAUUUUAGCUGGUCUAAUAUUCCAGUUAUGUAAUAAAAAUCUUGUUCCAAAGCCCACUGAAGAUAAGUCACAAUUGAUUAGGUCGGGGCAUUACCGGGUAUGUGACAAAAAAAUGUAUUUCUGAAAGUUCUGGGCAUUAAAGUCUGUCACACAUACAGUACAUUGGACCCAUAGUGUUUACCUUAGAAUUCUUCCAAAUGGGAAUAGGAUACUUUUCUUUCUGAAAAAAGAAAAGUGGAGUAAGAGAAGAACAGGUAUAUGCCAUUUCCUUUAGUUCUCCCAGGUGGGAUAUGGCACAGGAUUAGAAAAACUUCAUCUGCCAAAGGAAGUCAGGGAAGACACUUGGAUAAAUUCUUGUUCAAGUUCUCCAGGGGAACAUCUCAAGUUCUCUCUGGGCACCAGAGGUACUGCAGCUAGCAAGGUAAGGAGGCCACUAAAGAGAAAGGUAUCAAAGGUGACAAUUCAGAAAAUCACUGGUGAUUUCAGAGUCUAUUUUAUGGAGUAUUUUUGAGAUAACAUGCUAAGGAGUGUAAUAGUCAAAAGACGGAUGCUUGGCUUUUUCUGAAAAAGAGGCCUCAACAUGUCAAGCGAGCAUCCAGAAAAGUGAACAUGAAGUGAAACGAAGUCUAGACUAAGGCUGCCUAACUAGCAGUGCAUGGGCUGCAUGUAGUCCCCAAGGGUUCUGUGGUCCCCAGAUUCCAGUCUGGGUGCCACCCCCUCCCAUUACUCUCCUGCUGCUGCUGCCCCUGGCUUUCAGGUUCCCCCUCCCUUCUUCAGCUUCCACUUGAUUCUGCACCUGGGAGUCAGGAUGGCAGGGCCUACAAGGCUGAGAGAACCUGUGCCCAGGAGGCUCGGGGACUUGGAGACUGGUGUAGCACAGCAGUGGUUGUCCAAAGUACUGCGGGGGUGGGGGGGCACACAGCAUAGUGUGCAUCCCAUACAACGAGCAGCCCAGGGAGUUUGUGGCACACAAGGCAUGUGGCUGGGGAGUCUAGCCCCUGACCAUUCAGAAGUUUGACAGCCCUGGUCUAGACCAAGAAAUAAAGGAAAAGGAAGGCAGUCCCAGCAAUGACCUCAAUAGGGAGAACAAAGUGAAGAGACUAACUUUCAACUGUUCCAGGCUCUGAAAGCCAGAAGAUACAUUAGGGCAGAGGCAACAAUUGAGUUAUUUAAACAAAAGGAUUAUUUUGCACUGAAGCUUCCUUCAAGGAACUAGAACAAGUGGAGAACUCUCAGGAUUGGAUCAUGUUUACCCAUUUCAGUUAGUCAAUACACUGCAUAAUCUUGAAAAACCUAAAGAAAGCGUUUUACUUAUAAAUACCACAAUCCAAAAAGCUGGCAUAGUCCAAACCACUGGGUUUUUUUUGUUUUUGUUUUACUUUGUUAUUCAAUAAAUUGUCCUGGAAAUAAA